AUGGGCGCCGCGUCGGAGGAGCGCAGCUCGCUCAUGUCGCGACCGGACGAAGCGGAAGCCGCCGAGCCGGCGCGGCGCGUCGCGGCGCUGGCCUUGGCGGUAGGACUCUCCGUCGCCGCCGUCGCCGGGGCCGGCGGCGUGCGGCGCCUCAUCGCGGGGGACGCCUUCGCCGAGACGCCUCUCCGGUUCCGCGUCGCGAACCCGGAAUACGGCGACGCGGCGCCGGCGUCGCUGGCGCUCUACCCCUUCGCCCACGUCGGCGAGCCGCACCGCGCGUCCCGCCUGACCGCGGAGGACGCCGUCGGGGGCGCGACGUACGCGUGGACCGUGCGCCUGGACGGCGCGCUGGUCGCGUCCGGCGCCGGCGCGACCUUCGCCUUCAACUUCACGGCGCCGGGCCGGCGCUACGCCGUCGCGCUCGCGGAGUCGCCGAGCGGGCGGACCGCGGAGGACGACGUGCACUGCAAGUACGUGCGACGGGAGAUCCGCGCGCUGACGGACCGGGAGCGGUCGGCCUACUUCGACGCCUUCGAGGUCGUCGCGAAGCUGCCCCUGGAGGAGGGCCGCGCCAGGUACGGCGAACACUUCGUGAACCUCCACAGCACGACGAUCAAGCACGUGCACGGCACCGGGUGCAGCCCCUUCCACGGGGGCCUGAGCUUCCUCACGGCCCACACGGCCUUCACCUACGAGGUCGACCGCGCCAUGCAGCUCGUGGACCCGGGCGUCCUCACGCCCUACUGGGACUUUACGCUCGACGCGGAGUUCCUCGGCGCGAACUGGACGGAGUCGCAGCUCUUCCAGCUCGACUGGUUCGGGCCGCUCAUGCCCAAGAACGCGCAGCGGACCCUCGAGGGGCGCUUCGCGAACGUGUCCGUGCCCAGCGACUGCGACUUCGACGUCCACAACGCCUACUGCCGCGUGACCGACGAGCGGAACGAGGACCCGAGCGCGCUCGUCACGCGCGCGCACGAGCUCUGCGGCCUGAAAACGGACGUCGCGUUGCCGGGCUGCUCCGAGUUCUCCCAGUGCCUGACGACGACGUCCCUCACGGACCUGCACACGUGCGCGGAGGACGUCAUGCACGGCAACAUGCACACGGUGAUCGGCGGCUUCUUCGGCUGCCCCUACGCGCUCGGCGACCUCGUGGCGAACCACCCGUCCUGGGAGGAGAUGCUCACGGGCAUCGGCACGCGGGCCAUCAACAUCUGGCAGCACGUCUACGGCGCCAAGGCGAUGAAGUGCCCCCUGAAGUGCGACGCGGCCGAGGACUCGUGGGAGACGUGCCACUGCUCCUGCCCGGCCCUGUCGCCGAAGCCGGGGCCCAACGGCACCGUCGAGGCGGCGACGCUCGGCGUCGACGCGUCGAAGCGCUUCUUCAACGAGACGGGCAUCAUCUACUUCGCCGACCCGUCGGACUGCUCGUCGUUCGCGUCGCCCUACGUCUACAAGAAGUACUUCGACGUCCAGACCAAGGCCGACGGCUCCUGCGACUACUCCAUCAAGGGCCUGAACAACGACGACAACAAGGAGUUCCUCCACUUCCUCGCGUUCUUCUCGUGCUCGCCGGGCAAGUUCGGCGCCAUGUCCACCGCGGCGUCGGCCAACGACCCCCUCUUCUGGCCCAUCCACCCGCUCUUCGACCGGCUCCUGGCCUACAUGCGCCUCUCGGGGGACCUCGACCUCGCCUGGCCCGACGCGACGUGCCGCGGCCACUCCCUCGACGACACGCUGCCCUUCUCCGGCUUCCGCGACGCCGACAACGCGACGGACCUCUACACGAACCGGGACCUGCUGGACGUCUUCGACCCGGCGUCCGCGGAGCUGAACUACGUCUUCGCCGACUUCUCCUGGGACCACUGCGACGCGGCCAUCGCCGACGCCGCGACCUUCGCGUUCCAGGACUCCUCGGCGCGCACGGGCGGCGGCGGCCACGCGCGGAGGUAA